AUGGCCACCCUCACAAGAGCGAAAAGGACCUCAUACGACCAACAGACAGCGCUCCUUGCGUCUGCGGUUCCCUCGCCAUUUCCCUCUGCAGAGGAACGGGCACGACUAUUCGCGCAAGAUCAGGUACACAAGCCUACUCCCGAGACAUAUGUCUCCCAGGAGACUAACCCUUUCGGUGACGAUGUCUACCCUGCUGGGGAAUCGUCACGCUCUCAGGCAGUCGGUGCCGGUACUAGCCAUGACGUUAUGCCAUCCAUAGCAUAUGUGCAAAAAUCGUGUCUUAUGACUUUGAACGACCUUCUCUCCACCCCAAAUCAAUGGCGCUGCAUCGUCCCCGAUCGGCGCCAUUCCGUACCCGCACAUCUCGACUCGUCACAACCGGUCUCGCUCGACAGCAUCCAGUCCAAAGCUGCGCUGGACACCUUGCUGUCGAACCUGCGGACUCGUGUGAGUGGUGGUCAAAUGGUCGAAGCGCGACUCUCAGAUGAUGAGACCGAGUUACUCCAUGAACUGCGGAUGCGCGUGGAAGCGCUCGCACCCUGUCUAAAUGUCGGGGACGCAUCACUUGCCCUGACUCUCGUAUCACUGCUUUCUCAUCUAAAGCGGUUAUCCGUUAUCGGGAUUUCUCCCUCCUCCACCCCGACGCAUGUCGAAUCAUACCUCCAAAUAGAUACCCACCCACCAGGCGAUACCUUCGGCAUGCUCACGCGACAGCUAAGCGACUUCCAGCUCCAGCGGCUCUCCUCAACCGACUCCGAGGCAGAAGACACCCCGCCUGUGUUGGCGGUAGAAAAGUCGCUGCUCUGGAUGCGCGUUGACGAGAACCUUGAGACCGUCCUCCGACUAUGCCGGCAACGAAACGAACGGCCAGCUCGAUCUAUGCCCGACGACCAUCUACUUCCCGAGUACGAUCGCGCUGACUACGAGUUUGAUGGGCCCCCGGGAUACGAUUUCGAAUCAGCGCCAGACUUGUCAGAUGCCAAAGCAGGGAAAAGUACCGCCUCCACCUCGAUCAGCACCAGUGGUCUUAGCGAAAAGAUGCGCCUCGAUCUUGAUGCUGUCACAAUGGCUAUUGAUCGUCUGUAUAUGGUUGCUCCUCAGCUUCAUGAUCAACGAGUCGAGCUCAAAACCUCAAAGCUGGAGGAGUUGGAGAGGGCGAGGCUCGCAGGACCAUCUUCGGAGAAGAGCGAGGAGCGGAACGUCAAGGAACUAGAGAGACUUGUAGAGAUGCUCGGUAAGGCGUCGGAUCGGAAGCUUGCAGACCAGACGGUCGUCCUAGCGGGCGGUAUGCAGGCACAGCUUGAAAAAACGCGCCAGCGAAACUUGCUAAAGCGCCAGGAAUUCGUCGAAAAACUGGCCGAACACUCCGAUGUCCGGCGUCUACAUUCCCAGGACGCGACCUUCCAGCCUCAGAAGCACAAGGACCCCGAGGCGCUGCUCACGCUCCCCGAGUUUAUUCGCGAGUCGAUGCCCCCGACGCUUCAGCGACCUGCAGAUCCCAACGCGCUACUCUCUCUUCCCGAGUUUGUGCGCGAGGCAUUGCCGGAGACGGCAUCGCCACCUCCCUCACCAAUGAGGCGUAGGUCGCCAAAGAAGGGCCUCCGAAGCAGGAGCAUGUCUGCACCUGCCUUAAAUUGGUUGUUGCCGUCGAGCUCUCGGGCCGGAUCUGAAACAAAGGCGAUUAGGUCGACGAGGUCGAGCAGACCUGACUCGUCGAGUGGCCGGAAAUCGAUCACACACGAUCUCGACGUACACUAUGUGGCCGAGCACCACGAAAGCCUUCGGCAUGUCCUUGCUUUCCUGACAGUCUCCGGCACGACUGCCGGAGCGAACCUCGAAGCAGAGGUCACAGACUCUUCUGAGCCCCGUCUGAUCUUGCGCAGCGGUUCUAUCCUCUCCUCUCCUCUCUUACUCCCCGCAUUCCCGUCUCCCGGGCCUCAGGCUGUCAAGGUCCAGACUCUCCACUAUGAGAUUAAGCUUCCUAAUGUCUCCCCGCUGCCCGCCUCCGAUCCUCUCCCCCUCAUGGACGCGACCCAGCUCCUCUCGGCGUCACCCACGACAUUUAUCUGCGCCUCGUGUUCUCUACCGCUCGUACAGGCCACGCGCAUCAAUAAGUACGACGAUCUACCAUCAGAGCACUGGGGUGAGCUCGUGGAGUCGUGGAUGUGCCAUUCGGACCAGAAACUGUCUGCUCAGGUUUCGAGACACGCAAGGGGCUUUUGGCCUCAGAUGGGUCAGGCCCUCGUGGGUGGCAGCUACAUCUUGUUUGAGGAGAGCGCAAUCAUGAAAAAUAAUCUGUGGAAGGCCAGUAAAUCAACACGUGGCAACGAGUGGACCACAGUCAGGUGUAUAUGCGGCUCGUUCAGUGGGCGUAGUCAAGAGUAUCUGGGCGAUGACGGUACGCGGAAUACGGUCUAUAGACUCUUCAAAUACGCCAUCCGGCCCGUCAGUCCCUCGGCUGAGCCGUCACGCAUACCGCUCUCGGCAUUCAUUGUUGAGGAUAUGAACGAGCUCGCGCAAGCGCAUGCCACCUAUCGAUUCUUUAUCCUUGACGAAGAGGAAGAGCGACCGCGAUUGCUGAUCUGGUUAUUUAAACCAUCUAUGCGUCUGUCGUACAACGCCCCGACAGCGUACUCGAUACCUAAACAGGGCGUCAUCCAGGCAGCCAAGGUGCUAUUCAAGAUCCUCGGCCCAUCCACACCGCGCACCGAUCUGCCCACUCUGCUGAAUCAGUACCCUGGGUUCCCUCAAGCAGAGCAGCUCACAUACCCUAUGGAAGUAUGUCAACGAAUCGCUGUGAUCCUCACGGAAAGCAACAAGUGCUACCCCGAGAGCAUGCGUACGAUGACCGGUCUCAAUGUCGGCUGGCUCCUCCGUGCGUAGGUCCAUGUAUACCUAGGAUUUCGUCUACGUUCCUGGAAAUUUUCGAUCAAGUUUUUUUCUUCUUGUUCCAUCGUAUGUAUGCGCAUCCAUCAAUAGUCUUAUGCCCUCAGUGGCCGGGCGUCGCUGCAGGUUUGGAUCGUCCAUUAUCAUUUUGGCCUACAUCUAUGCUUUUCUUGACUAUCUAUGGUUACAACCCACCUGUCGAAUGUUCUUUUUCUUCCAUUCCUAGAUCUCUCAUCUGCAUCACGGACUACGGUGUCUUAUAGCAUCUCAGCAUCUUCAUUCGCAUAUAUUAAUCCAUCCACCUCACCUCCCACCUCCCUCGGUUCUUCAUUUUGUUCUUCACACAGCCCCGCUGUGCUGUCACUCCCCUCCGCAAUGUGUCUUACAUCGAUGCCGAUAUCUAAUGGCCUUGUACUUCUGUUUUGACCACCGUAGCCUACCAUUGCAGAUCAGUCACAGGUGUUCUGUUCAUCCAUCAUUGAGAC